GAUGAUUUUUUUAAUAAAUAAUCAAAAAUUUUUAUCAUUUCACAAUUAAAAUUUUUAUGAUGAUUCCAUUUUCAUCAUUAGUACAAGCGAAAAAAUUAAUUACACAAGGAAAAUUGUUUUUCAAUGCAAACUUGUGUUGGAAUCGUUCUUUAUCGUCAUCAUCAUCUACUGAUCCUGGCGAUGAUCCACCAUCGGGCAAACCGGCAAUAUUGCAACAUCAGGUCAAGACUUCUGGUCUAAAAUUUCAAAAUGUAUUGAAUUAUUUGGAAAAAUCUGUUCCAUUGUUUGUCGGUGAUGUCAAUGAUGAAGAAUCUCGAGAGUUCAUUCAGACUUUGAGCCGAGUUCGUUCUAGUCUCGAAUCGGUAACAGAAUUUCAUCAACGAGUCGACAAAAUCGAUGAUGAAACACCGAUUGAUUCGCAAAAGUUUUUACGCGAUCGUUUCUUACAAAGCCGUUCCUCGAUUCUAGCUGAUGGAUCAAUCUCAUGUCUAAUAUAUCCCGACCUGGGUCUUUGGGAUAAAAUUUUACCCGAAAAAUUUUUACUUGAUUUUAUAGUCGCAAAUAUAUUGGGAGUUUUAGACUAUUUGGAUAAUGGAGAAAAUCUUCAAUACUCUCGUUCACCUUCAUUAGGACAUGAUUACAUCGAAGAAUCUAGGUCAUCAAAUCAACAACAGAAAAAAACAAAUUAUAUUACAAUAGCAUAUGGAUGGAAUCAUUAUCUUAUCGAUCUGGAACAAUUUGAAAAUCCUUAUCAAGCCUUGUGGCAGAUUUUCAAAUUUUUAUUCGAACAAUCAUCGGCAUCAAUGUUGAAAAAUCCUUUCCCUAUGGGAAUUUUAUCCACAUUGCCACGAAACGAUUGUAUGUAUGGAUAUAAAUUUUUGAACGAAUUGGACCUGCAAAAACUUCGACAAUCUAAAUUAUUGGUUUCUAUCGAAAAAUUCGAUAUGAUUCCACAGAAAACUGAUGAUGUAGAACGUGAUCAUCGUAUCAGUUUGAUGGCAAAACAGAUUCUAUUGUCGAAUGAAGAAAACAUAGGCAAUCGAUGGUACGAUAAGUCCUUACAAUUGGUGUUUGUAUUGAACAAAAAUUCUGAUCAACUUUAUUCACAUGGUCUUUGUUUUGAGCAAUCACAUGCCAAAAUCGAAUCCAUUCUUCAAUUAAUGGAUCAUUCCAUUAAAUUUCUGACAAAAUUCAAGCCUAAAGUAGAAGGCGAAUAUGAAUCUCGUGAUAUACAAUUUAAAAAGCUUCAAAUUUUUAAUUCCAAAUCCAAACGAUUAAACGAAAUCAUAAAUCAAGCUACAAAUCAUUUUGCGAUGGAAAAAUACUUGAAUAUCUGUUCUGAUAGACAUUUUCAAUUAUCAAUGCUUCAAUUUGUUGAUUAUGGAAUGGAUAUGUUGGAAAAAGAAUUUAAUUUAUCUGCUGAUGAUUGGAUACAAGUUUCAUUCAAUUUGGCUCUCUAUAAACUAUCCGGAAAAGUUCGACCAUGUUAUCAACGAUAUUUACCAAACGGAGAUGCAGCAGAAACGUGGUUUCAAUGUUUAAAUCAAGAAAUGGUUGAUUUUUUCCAUGAACCAAAUGAUCGACAAAAGUUAUUGCUCGCAUUGGAAUCACUAAAAUUUCAUCGUGAAAUAUUAAUGCCCGAAAAUUCAUCACCGAAAGAACCUAAUAAUAUUGAAUCUAUUCUUCUAGUCUAUCAAAAUUUAGCGAAAUUUCCUGAUUUAGACAUCGAUCCCGCUACGAUGACAAAUUUAGAAGCAUUAUUUAAGUUAAAAUCAUUGAGACGAUUACGAAAAUCAACAGCUCAAAUAACUACAUUAAAACCUGGUCAAAAUUAUUAUGAUUGGCAUCUGGUUACGAAUGGUCAUCCAUAUUAUGAUCAUCGUAUCAAUUUAACUGCACAUUUGGCUUCUAAUCAUAUGCAUUUUGCAUUGACAUUGUUACGCUGUGGUAACGAUCAACAGUUGCGUACGAUUACUGUUGAUAGGAUUUUGUAUGAAUUUGAUCAAUCAUUGAGGCAAAUAAAAAAUUUAUUUCAAAAUUAAUUUAACAAUUGACAU